CGAUGCGCACUAUCGAUAUAGACGCCGUCGAUACUUUGAAUGCGCGAAUAUUCACGGAAAUUCAUUCGUAAAAUAACUGUCCGCAGCAACGGUUUGUGUUCAAUUCGAGUCCGUGUUAACACAUAAAGCACACACACAUAAUCCAUAAUGGGCGUUCCAGCUGGUGAUGUUGAGAAGGGCAAGAAGCUGUUUGUGCAGCGUUGCGCACAGUGCCACACCGUGGAGGCUGGUGGCAAGCACAAGGUUGGUCCCAAUCUGCAUGGUCUGAUCGGUCGCAAGACUGGCCAGGCUGCCGGUUUCGCAUACACGGACGCCAACAAGGCCAAGGGCAUCACCUGGAAUGAGGAUACCCUCUUCGAGUACCUGGAGAACCCCAAGAAGUACAUCCCCGGCACCAAGAUGAUCUUCGCCGGUCUGAAGAAGCCCAAUGAGCGCGGUGACCUGAUUGCCUACCUGAAGUCUGCCACCAAGUAAGGCGCCUCCCCAAAAGGAGCCUCUACUUUCAAUCACCUCACCACCCACAACAACAGGAUGUAUUAUUGUGUUCAGUCACAAUCCAACAGCAACACCAACAAUAUGAACAGCAAACAAAGCAACAAUUACAUACAGACCUAAAAACUACAAUUAUGUUAAUUAUAAAGUUUAAAUAGGACAAUUUAUUAUUUAAUUUAAAUAAAAAGUGGAAUACUUAAUUUAAUGCUGAGGAAACUUGUGACAGCCACGUAAAACAAUAAAAAAUUAAAUAAUAACAAAAAAAAA